AGAAUCUAGCUUCAUCAAUAGAAAAAUCCCUUUGCCUCUUUGAUCAUUUGCCUUGAAUAUUUUUCUGUGGGUUUGUGAUUGAUUAUCAAUUUGGGUCCAUCAAAAUAGUGGCACAUCACUUGCCGUCUCUAUUGCACUUAAUCAUGGAGCAAAUUUUCAAUCAUUUCCUUCAGGGACUCUUCUUGCUGUAUUUUGUUUCAGCUUCCUCAGCCAUGACCACAACCAAUAUUACCACUGAUCAAGAUGCUCUUCUUGCGUUGAGAGCUCGCAUCACCUCACAGGGCCCUCAUCAAAUCCUGUUGAAAAACUGGUCUGUUUCUUCCCCUGUAUGUCAGUGGGUAGGAGUCACUUGUGGCUCUUGUCACCGGCGAGUAACUGCCUUGGAUCUUUCCAAUAUGAGUCUUAGUGGCAUCAUACCACCGCAGCUGGGAAAUAUGUCAUUUCUGGUUUCCCUUAACCUGAGUAGAAAUAAUUUUCACGGAGAGCUGCCGCAUGAAUUUGCUCGAUUACGCCGGUUGAGGGUGCUUGAUUUAGAUGUCAACAAUCUCAAUGGAGAGUUUCCUGAGUGGUUUGGUUUCCUUCCUCAACUUCGACUAUUAUCUCUGAAUACCAACAGUUUCACUGGCUUCAUCUCACCAUCCUUGGCUAAUGUUUCCAAGCUGGAAACGUUAGGUCUGUCAUUCAACUAUCUCCAGGGAAAUAUUCCAACAGAGAUUUUCAACAUUUCCUCACUGGAAUCGAUUUUCUUCCAGAAUAAUAGUUUAUCUGGUAGCAUUCCAGAUAAUAUGUGUCAACAUCUUCAGAGACUCAAGUGGAUUGAGCUGUCAGGGAACAAGUUAAAUGGUCAAAUACCAUCAAGCACACAUAACUGUUCACAACUUCAAUUGCUGGACCUUUCUUCGAAUUACUUCACUGGAUUCAUACCAAAAAAAAUUGGCACUUUGAAGGCACUUGAGCGGCUAUAUCUAAGCUGGAACAGUUUAGAAGGUGAAAUUUCAAAAGAGAUGGCUAAUUUAACUAUGCUGAAAGAACUUGACGUUGGUUACAACAGCAUAACAGGUGCAAUACCCCAAGAGAUCAGCAAGCUACGCAAUUUGGAACUACUCUACUUGUUGGUGAAUAACUUAACUGGUUUCAUUCCAAUGCAGAUCUUUAAUCUGUCACAGAUAAGAAUUUUCAGUCUUACAAGAAACAAACUUUCUGGCAAUCUUCCAAGGAUGGGUUUUCCAAAUUUAGAGGAGCUUUAUCUCGCCGAGAAUAACUUCUGGGGACCAAUACCGGACUCUAUCUCCAAUUGUUCUAAACUGAAGAUAAUAGAAUUUGCUUAUAACAACUUCGCAGGUUCUAUUCCCAAUUCCUUUGGGGAUCUAAGACUCCUAGAAAUUCUAUCUCUAGGAGCCAACAAUUUAACGAGUGACUACUCUUCAUCUAGUUCAGAGCUGAGCUGGAUCAAUUCCUUGGCAAAUUGCAAACAUUUGAGAAUACUUAUCGUGAGUGAAAAUCCGCUUAACGGCUUUCUUCCAAAUUCUAUUGGCAAUCUUUCAACUUCGCUUCAACAACUUUCUGCAUACAAUUGCCACUUAAGGGGCAGCAUUCCGGAUGAAAUUGGCAACUUGAGUAGCCUGAUCAUUUUAAGUCUGUUCACUAAUCAGUUAAGUGGGAUGCCGCCAAUUACCAUGAAAAAUUUGGAAAACCUUCAAGGGUUAGAUCUUCACGACAACAAGUUGAGCAAAAACUCCCUUGAUUAUCUAUGCGUUCUGCAAAACUUGGCCGAAAUAUAUUUGGGAGCAAAUCAAAUAUCAGGAUCCAUUCCGGCGUGCAUAGAAAAUGUUACUUCUUUGAGAUACCUGUACCUAGAUUCCAACGCGUUAAGCUCUAGUGUGCCUACCACUGUAUGGAACCUAAAAGAUUUGUUGGUGCUUAACCUCUCCUCAAACUCACUGCGUGGAAGUUUACCUCCUGAGAUUAGGAACUUAAAGGCAGCAAUUUCUAUUGAUUUGUCAAUCAAUGAGAUUUCAGGUGGUAUUCCUAGCCCAUCGGAGAUAUGGUGA